AUGCACGAAUCUUUAGGUCAUACAAUGGAGCAUUCCAUGCCAGGAAUGGAUGAUGACAUGUGCUCAAUGAAUAUGAUCUUCACUUGGGAUUGGAAAAACACAUGUGUUGUCUUCCGUUGGUGGCAUAUCAAAACAUAUUUUGGCUUCGUAUUGUCUAUGUUUGCGGUUGUCUUGUUGGGAAUGGGAUACGAAUAUGUCAGAGCAUUCUUCGCAAAUUGGGAAAGAGAACAUGCAUCAACGGUUGUUCAACCAGGUCAAGAUAGAAGAUUUAAGUUAAGACGUGGAAUCUUAUACGGUUUCCAAGUCUGGUACUCGUUUAUGCUUAUGCUAGUCUUCAUGACCUACAAUGGUUGGUUGAUGAUAGCAGUUGCUGUAGGUGCAGCAAUUGGUAAUUAUAUUUGGGGAUCUUCUAGUCAGCAGGAGUCAGUCAGGAUUAUGGCUUGCCAUUGA